AGCUACAGAGGGAAGCCACGGCUGCAGCAAUGACAUUGAUCAGUAGAUGAUGUCAAGAGCACUUGCAGGAGCCAGAAGAAUGACAGACAGUAAUGUGCUGCAAACAGAAUGGCGGCCAGGGCCUGGUCUCUUCCCUUUUCUCGGUGAUCGCUAUUGAAGUUGCAAGAUAUAGUCUGCUCUUAGCUUCAAUGGGCUCCAGGUGGGUGUCCCAGGAGGAAUAGGAGCCCCAGGUGUUAAAAGAUGUUAAAAGGUGUCAUGAUUUGCAAAGGCACUGUGCUGUAUGUGUUAACUUGGAAAAUGAAGUGCAUGAAGCCAAUUGGAUGAGCCUGCAAAGAUCUGGGGAUUGAUUUGAUACUGUUUCUGUUUUGCUGCUGCAAAACCUGUUUGGACAAGUUUUCAGUGCUGAUUGAGUACUGCUGGUGAAAAGAAAGCAGUGUACUCAGAGAGGCCUUACUCUUUUGAGGCCUGUUUGCUGCUGAGAAAAGAGGGAGAAGAACGAGGACUGUAUUCUUCUCUGAUGCAGAUUUGUGGACUGAGAAAGGACUAUUUAUAACUGUAGAUAUCUAGCAGAUGUGGAAAGCUGAGAUGUUGCCUGGCUUCUGAGGUUUCUGGUUUUUCUCCAAGGUGCUUUUUGGAACAUCUCAUUUCCUAAUCCAUUAGCAGAAUGAGAGGCCGGAUUCUUCAGCGGCUUCUUAAACAUUGGAUGCUGUGAGAUAAGAAUAACAAGUCGAGAUAUUCGUCAUGGUCUGAAUGUGCCCCACCUCUUAUUCCACUGUGAGAGGAUUUUCAGAUGCUCAAGAAGAGAGCCUCCAAAAAGACUCCCUGAUAACUGACAACCAUGGAGAGGAAGUAUGUGGUCCAAUGCUCAAUAGCAUUUGUCUUGAUUCUUCUUCAGGUUGAUGUCAUUGAUUCACGAGGAUCAAGGGGUGGAUCUCGUUCAGGAUCUUCAAAAAUUAAUUUUUGGAGUUCUUCAUCCCGAUCUGGCAGUUCUCGUUCUACUUCUAGUUCUAGUUCUCAUAAGAUCAAAUCUCACUCUGAUUCAAGCCGUUCUGGCUCUUCUUUUAGCAACGGCUCAGGAAAGAGAUAUUGGUCAUAUAACAGCCCUGCAGGAAGUUCCACCAGUUAUCGCCGACCUACACAGGAACCAAACCUUUACUCUCAAAACUAUAGAUAUUCUUCACGAUAUCCCUGGGAUUCAUAUGAUGCCAAACCAUGGAGGCCGAAGCCACCCAAAGCUAAACUAAAGGAUGUGGCUGGAGAGGUCAUUGUGGGAGCUGCCGGGGGCUUCCUUCUUGGCGGCUCCUUGUCCCACAUGGAAUUGUAUUUUUGGGACCCAAAGGAGGAACGGUGGUGGUACGAACACCGCGAUAGCUAUCCCGACAUGGUUUAUUUUCGAAAUUACGACCAGCGUCCUGCUCCAUUCAUGACCUUUAUAGAAGACUGUGUGAAUAUCACUGUGAGUAAGUUUAUUGUGAACCAAACCGAUGAGAUGGAAAUCAAGGUUGUGCCACAUGUGGUGCGCCAAAUGUGCAAAGAGGAGUAUAUUGAAAAUCUAUUUAGACCUUCAAGAGAACGCAAACCUGGGGAGAUAGCCAAGAUGACAAAUACCGGCGGAGCAGUUAUCACCAGUUUUGAAGGAAUCAGUAGUGGUCAUGAUAUGGUUGUGGCUCUAGACACCUCAUUUUUGGUGAUGCUUUUCUUCCUAACAAAGCUCCUCUGUUAUUGAUCACUUGUAGAUCAUGGGCCGCCUGCUACCCUGAGGUUAUACACUUCCAUACAAGCCUCUGCUUUGUUGUCGAUCUCAUGAUAUCUCUUUAAAUAAUUGCUGUAUCUUGGAAGGAAAAACUCUAAAGGGCAAAAUAUGAGAGUGGGUCCUGAUCAGGAGGGGACUAAAUGCAAGCUUUGUGUAAGAAGGAAAUUAGGGUGAAGAGCUCUCAGAUGAAAGAUGAGAAAGUGAUGGCAAACACAAUCAUGUUGGAGGAUUUCAUCUGACGCCACAGGAACCACAGUAGGAAGACCCCAAUUUGCCUGCUUCUGUCUUGGAUAAAGUGAACAUUAUUGAUGUAUUCAAAUUGCUAAAUUAAAAAAAAUCUAGCAUAAUAAAGACCCUGGAAUCUC